GAAUCCAAGAGAGAGAAAGAGAGAGAAGGAAGAAGCUCUAUCUUUUUUCCUCAGAGAGAGCAAAAAUGGUGGACGUGAUACCAAAACACAUUAAAGAUGUUUGGGAUCGAUGGAACAUAAGAGGAGCAGUCAUUCUAAGUCUUACCCUUCAAGCCAUUCUCAUUUGCUUCUCUCCUCUAAGGAAACGCACACCAAGAAGGCUCUUGAUCGUGCUCGUUUGGUCCUCUUAUCUCUUAGCAGAUUGGUCUGCUAAUUUUGCUGUUGGUCUCAUCUCCAAGAACCAAGGUAAAGAUCUCAAACCUGAUGACCCUCCACAGGACAAAAAGCUCAUGGCUUUGUGGGCACCAUUCUUGCUCUUGCAUCUUGGUGGACCAGAUACAAUCACAGCUUUCGCGCUUGAAGAUAACGCUCUCUGGCUCCGACAUGUCUUUGGGCUUGUCUUUCAGGCAAUCGCUGGUGUCUAUGUGGUUCUCAUGUCUCUUCCCAAUAGCCUUUGGGUGAUUAUACUCUUAGUGUUCGUUUCUGGGACUAUAAAGUAUCUGGAGAGGACAACGGCUUUGUAUAGUGCCAGUUUGGACAAGUUUAGGGACUCUAUGAUUCAAGCACCAGAUCCAGGACCAAACUACGCCAAGCUCAUGGAGGAGUACAAGGCCAAGAAAGAGGCAAGACUACCCACCAAGAUCAUUCUGAUUGAUGAACCUGACAAAGAAAAUAGGCCUAAGAAGUUAGAGCAUCCAUCACUGGCCUCGGACACAAAAAGAAAAGAUUUGACUCAUCUUGAGAUUGCUCAGUAUGCUUACAAAUUCUUCAACACAUUCAAGGGCCUUGUGGUCAACCUUAUCUUCAGCUUCAGGGAGCGCGACGAGAGCCUAGAGAUCUUUGAGAAUUUGAAUGAUUCAGAGGAAGCUUUGAGGAUCAUUGAGAUUGAGCUUGGUUUCCUUUAUGAUGCUCUAUUCACCAAGAUCGCGGUUCUUCAUACCUUUAUUGGAACUGUCUCACGCAUCCUUGCUUCUGGCACCCUGGUGGCUGCAUUCAUCCUCUUUCAUAAGAAACCCAAGAAAGACAUACAAUUUCAUGGUGCUGAUGUUGUGGUUACCUACACGCUGUUUGCAGUUGGCGUAGCUUUGGAUUUCAUAUCCAUCCUCUUGUUUCUGUUCUCCGACUGGACGUGUGCUGCACUACGUAGCUUAAAGGACAACCCCGACAAGGCUCUAUCGUCCUCGAUAGAUAAGGUUUUCAACUGGUUACUUAGUAUAAGACAGCUGCGUUGGAAGACGCAAGAAUGCCACGAGAAAGGUACGCAUAAGUGUACCGCCUGUCUUAAAAAAGAUUAUAAAAAGUGUUCAACGGUGCAGAAGCAUGAGGUGCUCUCGACGCCAUUCUUCUUCCGGAGGUGGUGUGGAAGCAUCAAUGUAUUCAACUUUUUAGCGUAUGCCACAAAAGCAGAAGUAAAUCGGAUCCACGAUGCCAGAGGUAGUUUCCGCCGCUACUCAUGGAACAUCAUAGCUUUCCCAUUCGAAAAACUCAACUUCAUCAUCCAAACACUUAGACGAUGGAUUGUCAAUUUCAUCAAUUAUGUGCACAAGUGGAUCAGCCACAAAGUCAAUGCAUUAUCAAGAAAAUCUUCUUUUGCUCGUCGUUGGAUUUACCCUAUCUACUUCGAGUUCCUAUCCCGCAUCCCUCAUUUCAUCAAAUCUGUGUGGGAUAUCCUCAGCGAGUUCUUCGACAUCUCGGAUACGCUUGAUAAGGUCCACAAGACGCUAUUUGUACACGGAGAGCCCAUGACGAAAGAAUUGUGGACGUUCAUCUUCAAUGAGCUGAGAAACAAAUCAAAGUUUGGAGACAGUCCUGAAAAUGCCAAAAUGAUAUCUUUGGCUCGGGGACAAUGGAGUUUGCGGGCCAACCUGCCAGAAGAUGCAGACCGUGAAAAACUGGUGCGUUAUGUCACAAACUUCGAUUAUGAUCAGAGUCUUUUGAUGUGGCACAUCGCAACGGAGCUCUGUUACCAACAAAAAGAGAAAGACACUAUCCCAGAAGGUCCUGAUGAAUAUAAGUAUCACAGUAACCGCGAGUUCAGCAAAAUCAUCUCAGAUUACAUGAUGUAUCUCCUGAUCUUGCAACCCGGUCUGAUGUCCGAGGUUGCUGGAAUUGGGAAGAUCAGAUUCAGAGACACAUUGGCUGAAGCUGACAAGUUUUUCCAGAGGAGGCAUAUCGAGGACAAGAGAAGCGUGAAGAUAGCCACCAUAAAUAUUCUAGACGUCGAAACUGGAUUUGAACCAAUGGACGUGAAGGGAGAUCGAAGCAAGUCUGUGUUGUUUGACGCGAGCAAGCUAGCCAAAGACCUUGCGGAGAUGGAGAAGACGCACAAGAAAGACAAAUGGGAGAUACUGAGUAAAGUGUGGGUGGAACUUCUCUGUCAUGCAGCUUGUCAUUGCGACGCUACGGCUCACGUAGAGCAACUCAGCAGAGGAGGUGAGCUCAUAAACUUCGUGUGGCUUCUAAUGGCUCACUUUGGACUAACAGAUCAGUUCCAGAUCAACAAAGGAGAUGCCAGAGCCAAACUCAUUAUAGGAAACUUUUGCUUGGAAAUGACUCAAGAAGAUUCAUCGCGCAGAUUAACAAGUGUAGGCAGAAACGACUUCACACAUCGGUUCGCUGAUAGAUACAAGGAAUGGUUAAGGACAACUGGUGAUGAAACAAAACAGGAGGAGGAUCGUGUGGAAACUAAUUCUGAACUUCCGGCUUAUGACAUCUAUGGUUUCGAGAAUGAGAUCAAAUCACUGCAACACUUCUUGUUGGAUCAAAAGGAUUACAAGGAGUUCAAGAGUCUUGUGAUUGUCGGAGAACACGGUGUUGGGAAGACAGCAUUAUGCCAGAAGAUCUUCAAUGAUGAUGAUGUGAAGAGUGUUUAUGCCCCGAGGAUUUGGGUUUCUAUGCCUAGCAAUGAAUCUAAGGAAGGACUUGAUGGGAAAAUAUGUGUGUUGAAGAAGAUCUUGAAGGCUCUCGGAGUUGAAGAUUUUAUGUUCGAAUCCAUCCGUAGAGAAGUAGUAGAAGAAGUUUCAAAUAGGCGGGAAGCUGGAGAAAUUGAUGGAGAGACAGCGAAAGAGAAGGAGCUCUCUGCUCUGUUCUAUGCACUUCACUUGAAUCUGAGGUGGAAAAAGUACAUGAUUGUGUUUGAUGAUGUGCGAGAAGAGGAUAAUUGGAACGAGGUGCUUCAGGACGGUGAGGAGAAGCAAUGGGGAAAGUAUCUUUCAGAUGGAUUCCCUAAAGGGUCUGGUGGGAGAGUCAUAUACACGACCAGAGAUGAGAAUCUAGCGAAGAAAUUAGUUGCAGAGGAACAUGAGAUUCAUCGUCUUUGGCCCCUGUCUGAUACUGAGAGUGUCUGGAAGAUAUAUGAAGCAAUGAUCCUUAAGAGAGAGAAAGAGCCUCCACGGAAAGAUAAGAAAUGCAUAGAUGAGCUGAUGAACAAGUCUCGUGGUCUUCCUCUGGCUGCUAGACUCUUGGCCGAGCUUGAUCCCGUGUUGCUUGACAAUGAAAAAGCUGACCAGAACGGUUCUAGCGAUGGACAAACUGACUCAGUCAACAACCCCACUUCAGAAGAGAGUAAAACUACUCAACCUCUGUAAACUUGAGAAGAAUAAAGAGCUUUUUUUAUUGUGUCAUCAAGCUUGUUGUUACUUGUUUUGUACUGGUUUGAUCUUGUCUGUUUGUCUUUCUGUUGUAUCAAUCAAUAAUCCAGAAUCUCUAAG